AUGUCGGAUAUGGAAGAUAUUAAGAUAAUUGAUAUUGUAAAAAAAAGAAAACAUUCAAGAAAAAAGAAAAAAAUUGAAAAAAGUUCAUAUGAUGUAAUAGACGAGGAAGCUAUGAAUGAUAUUGAUGAUAAAUUAAAAGCACAAGAUUUUUUGGCACUAAAUCCUGGAAGAAAAGCAACAUAUCUUUUGAAAAAUAUUUUUAAUUAUACUAUAUUUAGAAAACCUCAUCAAAGAAAUGUUGUUGUUGAUGCAAUAAAAAGAAAUAGUGAUAUAUUUGUAUCUUUCCCUACUGGAGCUGGUAAAAGUUUAUGUUAUCAACUUCCAGCUUUAUCUAAACCAGGAGUAACAAUAGUAUUUUCUCCAUUGAUUGCUUUGAUUCAAGAUCAAAUUUCAUCUUUAUUAAAAAAAAAUAUUCGUUGCUGUGCCUGGGAUUCAACAUUAUCAACUAGUGAUCGUUCAACUAUAUCCAAAGAUUUGUUUUCCAAUUCUCCUAAAUAUCAUGUUGUUUACACUACUCCUGAAUCAUCAAAAAAUGAAUUUUUUAGGAGUAUGAUGAAGAGUUUAUAUUCAAAAAAUCUUUUAAAUUAUUUUGUUGUUGAUGAAGCACAUUGUGUAAGUCAAUGGGGACAUGAUUUUAGACCUGCAUAUCUAAUGAUAUCAGAAUUACGUGAUAUAUGUCCUAACGUUCCAUGGAUGGCUUUAACAGCUACUGCUAAUAAUUUGGUUGAAGAAGAUAUUCUUAAACAAUUAAAAUAUCCCAAAAAAUUUAAAACAUAUAGAACUUCACCUUAUCGAUCAAAUCUUUUUUAUGAUGUUGUAAUUGCAGAAUAUUUACUUAAAAAAGAAGAAGAUAUAAAAAAUAAAGAAAAUAAAGAUUGUAAAACAGUGGUAAAUACAAUGAGUGCUAUGGAUUAUAAAAAUCAAAGAGAAAGAAAUUGUACAGAAGUCAUUCAAAGAGAUGCUGUAAAAUAUAUAAAAAAUUUAAUUAAUACUUACAAAAAAAGAAAUGGAAAGGAAUUUAAAGGAUUUAGUGGUAUUGUUUAUUGUAGAUCAAGAGUGAAAUGCGAAGAGAUGUCAAAUUUUUUUAUUCAAAAUGGUAUUUCAUCUUGUCACUAUCAUGCUGGACUAGGAAAGGAUGAGAAAAAAAAUAUUCUCGAUAAGUGGAUGGUAAAUGAAUUGACUGUUAUUUGUGCUACAAUUGCUUUUGGUAUGGGUAUAGACAAGUCAGAUGUUAGAUUUGUAAUUCAUACUAGUACUCCAGAUGACUUGGCUUCAUACUAUCAAGAAAGUGGUAGAGCAGGAAGAGAUGGAGAAAGGAGUUAUUGUAGAAUAUAUCAUUCUUCAUACAUUAAAAGUAAUGAAAAAGAUAACGAAGAAGAAAAAAAUAGAAAAUGUAAACAAUUAAAUUAUACUUUUGAAAAGAUGAUAGAAUAUUGUGAAAAAGAAAAGUGUAGACAUAGUAUGUUAUGUGAGUACUUUGGAGAAACUGAAUGUAUUCGUUGUGAAAAAAACUGUGAUUUUUGUAGAGAUAAAGAUAGAUUUCACAAACAGAUGGAGUCAUUUCGUAACGAAAUAGAAACAAAUAUUGCAUCGAGUGGAACAAGUUUCACAAGGAAAAGAAUUACAAAUGAAGAAAUUAAUCCCCAUGACAACGAUAUUUUAAAUAAACCAAAAAAAUCGUUUUUUGAGAAAGCUAGUGGAAUGUUAAUAAUAAACCAUAUUAAAAAAGUAAUUCUAUAUAUUAUAUUUUUGAUUAAGAAACAUUGUUUAUUAAAGUUUUUGAAGAAGUUAAAGAGAAAAUGA